GGACAGGGCCGCGUCACUGGGCCUUAAGGAUCCAUAGGGCCUUAAAGGGCCAUAAGGGGCCAUAAAGGGCCUUAAAGGGCCUUAAAGGCCUUAAAGGGCCCCGGGGUGGGGUGGAGGGAGAGGCCUUAAGGCCCGGUGUGGCCUAAACCGGGGGGAGCCCCCACGGUGAGGCCUGAGGGCGGCGGGGAGUUGACGCAACGGCCUAAGAAUAACGAGGGGUGGGACCGGGCCGGGCCCACAACGGGCGGGGCCUGAACAUGGGGCCUUAAGGGAACAACACGGGGUGGUUUGAGCUGCGGUAAAAGGAACCGAGUCACAGCGGGACAAAUUGGGAUCGGAACCGGUUCGGUUGGACGAGGAACCGGGAUCGGAACCGGGAGAGACCGAGAGGGACCGGAGCUGCAUGUGGGAACAGCGGGCAAAAUGCUUUCUCUGAAGAAAUACUUCACCGAAGGCCUCAUCCAACUCACCAUCCUGCUCAGCCUCGUCGGUGUCCGUGUGGACGUGGACACUUACCUCAACUCCCAGCUCCCCCAGCUCCGUGAAAUCAUCCUCGGUCAAAGCUCUGCCUACACACAAACCCAAUUUCACAACCUAAGAAACACUUUAGACGGGUACGGCAUCCACCCAAAGAGCGUCGAUUUGGACUAUUACUUCACAACUCGAAGGCUGCUCAACCAGGUCAGGGCUCUGGACAGGUUUCAAGUACCUACAACUGAAGUCAACGCUUGGUUGGUUCAUCGGGAUCCUGAAGGUUCAGUAUCAGGCUCCCAACCCAACGCUGGGAUCACGCUCGAUAACGGUGCUGGGCUGCAGGAUGGAGCCGGGUCUGAUGGUGCCGUGAGGGACAACGGGGCUGAGCAGGGAUAUGGGGAGGAGCUGGAGGAUCUGGGAGCUGUGGCUGCCCCGGUGAAUGGGGACCUGACUAAAGAGGACAUCGAUUUGAUUGACAUCCUGUGGAGACAGGACAUCGAUCUGGGAGCCGGGAGAGAGAUUUUUGACUACAGCCACCGACAGAAAGAAAACGAAGUGGACAAAGAACUGAACGAUGGGAGGGAGAGAGGGGACGGCUGGAGGAACACAGGGGGACAGGUCAGCAAUAGGAACCUGCUAGUGGAUGGAGAGACCGGGGAGAGCUUCCCUGCACAGGUGCCUGGCGUGGAGGAUCAGACGGCCCUGUCCCUGGAGGAGUGCCUUAGGCUGCUGGAGGCCACCUUCCCUUUUGGGGAGAGCUCGGAGUUUCCAGCUGCAGAUGUCUCCACCCUAAGCGAAGCUGUGCCCAGCGAGAGCCGGCCCGCGGGCAUCCAGAGCAGCCUGCUGUCUCCUCUCCUCCCAGAGACCGAGUCGCCCUUCGAUCUGGAGCAGCAGUGGCAGGAUCUCAUGUCUAUCAUGGAAAUGCAGGCUAUGGAAGUGAACAACACGACCGCUGAAACCCUUUACAACGGCACGAGCGGAGACCUGCUGACUUCUAACUACAACCUCGCCCCAAACACUCCCAUCAAUCAGAAUGUCAGCCUGCAUCAGGCCUCUCUGGGCAGCUGCUCACAGGACUUCUCCCUCUUCAGCUCUGAAAUUGAAAGCCCUUCCAUGGGUGGCAGCUCAACGCUGCUGCAGCUGGCGCCGGACAACUCCACCGGCCUCAACAGCACCUUCAGCUCCACCAACUUCAGUGGGAUCUUCUUCCCCCCGCAGCUGAACAAUACGGUCAAUGAGACGACGGGCCCCGAGCUGCCGGACCCGCUGGGCGGCCUUCUUGACGAAGCCAUGCUUGAUGAGAUCAGCUUGAUGGAUUUGGCCAUCGAAGAAGGUUUCAACCCAGUGCAGGCCUCGCAGCUGGAAGAGGAGUUUGAUUCUGACUCAGGUCUUUCUCUGGAUUCUGGCCACAGUCCUGCUUCCCUUAGCAGCUCAGAAGCCUCUUCCUCUUCUUCCUCCUCUUCCUCUUCCUCCUCCUCCUCCUCUUCCUCUUCAUUUUCCGAGGAAGGAGCUGUCGGUUACAGCUCAGACUCUGAGAACGUGGACUUUGAAGAAGCCGAAGGGGCUGUCGGGUACCAGCCUGAAUACAGCAAGUUCUGCCGCAUGAGCUACCAGGACCCGUCGCAGCUCCACUACUUGCCUUACCUGGAGCACGUGGGCCACAACCACACUUACAACAUGGCACCGGGGACCCUGGAUCCAGAGGAGCCCAAGCUGCCCAACGUGGGGAAGAAGAGCAACAAGGAGAAACCGUCCGAGUUCCUGGAUAAGCAGAUGAGCAGGGAUGAACAUCGAGCCAGAGCCAUGAAAAUCCCAUUCACCAACGACAAGAUCAUCAACCUGCCCGUGGAGGAGUUCAAUGAACUGCUCUCCAAGUACCAGCUCAGCGAGGCGCAGCUCAGCCUCAUCCGAGACAUCAGGAGACGAGGCAAGAACAAGAUGGCUGCCCAGAACUGCCGCAAGAGGAAGCUGGACACCAUCCUAAACCUGGAACGAGACGUGGAGGACUUACAGAGGGACAAGUCCAAACUGCUCAGGGAGAAGGUGGAGUUCCUUAAAUCCAUCCGCCAAAUGAAGCAGAAGGUGCAGAACCUUUAUCAGGAGGUUUUCGGCCGCCUGCGGGAUGAGAACGGCCAACCCUACUCCCCCAGUCAAUAUGCCCUGCAGUACGCCAGCGACGGCAGCGUCAUCUUGAUACCUCGCACCUUGGCUGACCAACAGGCCAGGAGGCAGGAGAGGAAACAGAAAGACCGUAGGAAGUGAGGGGGAGGCGAGCGGGAGGAGUGGGAGAAUCGCUCAAGGUAGAACUGGAGAAGGGCUGAGCCUGGAAGCGCUUAGAGGAACUUUGACGCCUUCUUAUCCGAUGUAUCUUCUGUAACGUGACUGCUGCCGGUCAGUGUACGGGACAGACUGCGGCCGAGCGCUCCCUAUGGGGAGGGAUGGGGAGGAGCAGACAGUGCAUUGACGAGCCCAGCACCUUCCACAGCCUGGAAUCCUUUGAGCGCAGGAAAUGAGCUGGAAUCACUGAUGGGGAGAUGAUGGAGGUGGAAAAACAAACCACAAAACUACUGUUAGGAACUGGCUUUAAAUAAGAAAAAAGAGAUUGAAGCGAAUGAACUUUUAAAAACCGAGCGAUAGGAGAGACGUUGUUCUGAACUUCCAAAGUUCUGUGAUUUCAGGUAGUUGGUUUUUUUUUUUGGGUUUAUUUUUUCCUUUUUUUUUUAAUUAUUAUUAUUAUUAUUUUUCUUUUUCCCCCUGAACCCCGUUUUGCCAUCGGUGUGUGUGAUUCAACCCCACUUAAUUCCAGAUUAACCAUAGAUCAGCCCAGUGCACACAUGGCAUCACAAACCAUGCGGCUCCCAUUAACCCUUCCUGGUCUGAAGAAGCUUAAAGAGAAGGGGCUGUGCUGCCUCAAUACACGGAGCUGAGCCCUGGGGAAGGGGAAUAAAGGGGAAUAAAGGGGGAAUAAAGGGGGAGAUCAUAACUAGGAAGGGUUAAUAGGAGCUUCCAGUGCUGUGCAUCCCCACCACGCUCACAGAGCACACUGUCAAGGAGGGCACCCAGCAUCCUGCACGCAGCCGCUGUCUUCUCCUACUGACUGGCUUUGGGGUGGGUGUGCAGCAGCAGGGACACUUCUAGAGCUAGAGACAUCUGGUAGGAUUCCUGUUAAUAACCGUGCUUUGAUUUCAUUUCUUUUUAGGGUUUCAACCCUUGUUUUUCCCUAUUUUAUAGGGUCUAGAGUGCUUGUGUUGAGUAAAAAGGGAGAAGCCCAAACGUUUCGAAGCUGCUAAUUGUUCUCUUUGCCAUAAAGAUUCAGUGUAACCGUGUGAUCACAUUAUAGGAUUCUCUUCUGUCCCUA